AGAUGUAAACAGGAAAUGAAACGUACGGUAAUAUCCGCGCGCUUUUUUCUUCUUCUACGCGGGCGGGUGGUUGCUUACAGUAGAAGAAGAAGCGCUUCCUGUUCUAUGGGGGCGGGUGCUUACCUUGGCGGUUGCUUGCGUAGAAGAAGAAGCGCUUCCUGUUCUACCGGGAAAAAAGAUGGCGGCUGUUUACCGUAGUUACGAGACCGAAACUUUAUGAAAAUGAAUCUUAAUAUUAAUCCAUAUAUAAAACGCACCGGGUUAAAAGCCGCACUGUCAGCUUUUGAGUAAAUUUGUGGUUUUUAGGUGCGGCUAAUGGUGCGGAAAAUACGGUAUAUACGGUGUGGUCCUUCGAGGUGACUUUCAGUAAGCUGGUCCCCCAUGAAAAACUGAAACAGUGUGGUCCUUCCAGGUGACUUUCAGUAAGCUGGUCCCGCAUGAAAACUGUAAAAACAGUAUGUGCGCCAGGUGGUCCCCCAUGAAAAACCAAAGCCAAUAUGUGUGAAUGUUGUCGUCAUUUCAUUCAUUCUUUUAAAUUGCUUGCUCUCUUGCGCGCGCGCACACACACACACACACACACACACACACACACACACACACACACACACACGGAGCACGCCAGGUGAGCAGCAAGGAGCGAGGAGAGCGAGAGCAUCCUUUCGGAGGACGGGCUGAAACAGAAGGCGGUUGCCACGGUAACCACUCCCCUCGCACCGCCCUCCAUUGGCUCUCUCUCUCCCUCCUCCUCCCUCCACCUCUCUGCGCCGGUGAUGCUCAUGUCUCUCCUUCCUCGGACGUGCCGGACUCCCGCUGGCAGCGAGUGGAUGACAGCGGAGGAGGUGGAGGAGGAGGAGGACGUGGAGGAGAAGAAGAAGUGAAGUGAAGAAGAGAGAGAGAGAGAGUGUAGCAGGACAAGGACACACAAACAGGAUACAAAGCACCAGCCUACGCUUCUCCAUUCCUCUUUUUUUUUCCCAAGGAGGGCAUUUUUAUUCCCUUUCCCCCCCUUUCCUUUUCUACCCCCAUUUCUCCUCUGGGAUCCCGGGUUCGGGUCCACCGCCACGGCUGCAGAACUUCUCCGGGGUCCCAGGUGAGGCGCGCGUGUGCGUGUGUGUGUGUCCGCCAUGGCUCACGCGGCCUCCCAGCUGAAGAAGAAUCGGGGGGAAGUGGAUGUGAAUGCGUUGGAGGACGAGAAGGAGAAGCGGAGGAAGAGCAGGAGAGCCAUGUCCCGCGAGCAGAAGAGAAAGUCUGACAGCAAUGCCAGUUACCUGAGAGCUGCCCGGGCGGGGAACCUUGAGAAGGUCCUCGACUACCUCAAGUCCGGGGUUGAGAUAAACAUUUGCAAUCAGAAUGGUCUGAAUGCGCUCCAUCUGGCCUCCAAGGAGGGACACGUGGAGGUUGUGGCCGAGCUCCUGAAACUGGAAGCCGCCGUGGAUGCAGCGACUAAGAAAGGAAACACUGCCCUGCACAUCGCCUCGCUGGCCGGACAAGCGGACGUGGUCAAAGAGCUGGUCACCAAUGCAGCCAAUGUCAACGCACAAUCCCAGAAUGGCUUCACUCCUCUCUACAUGGCGGCCCAGGAGAACCACCUGGAGGUGGUGCGCUUCCUCCUGGAGAACAGCGCCAGCCAGAGUAUGGCCACCGAGGACGGCUUCACCCCCCUGGCGGUGGCCCUCCAGCAGGGCCACGACCAGGUGGUCUCCCUGCUGCUGGAGAACGACACCAAGGGCAAGGUGCGUCUGCCCGCCCUGCACAUCGCCGCCCGCAAGGACGACACCAAGGCGGCGGCCCUGCUCCUCCAGAACGACCACAACGCCGACGUGGAGUCCAAGAUGAUGAAUAGAACCACAGAGAGUGGCUUCACCCCACUUCACAUCGCGGCCCACUAUGGCAACAUUAACGUGGCCACGCUGCUGCUGAACAGAGGAGCCGCCGUAGACUUCAUGGCCAGGAAUGACAUCACGCCGCUCCACGUGGCCUCCAAGAGGGGCAACAGCAACAUGGUCAAGCUGCUGCUGGACCGAGGCUCCAAAAUAGAUGCCAAGACCAAGGACGGCCUAACUCCCCUUCACUGCGGAGCGAGGAGCGGCCACGCCCAGGUGGUGGAAAUCCUGCUGGAUCGAGGAGCUCCGGUGCUGUCCAAGACCAAGAACGGCCUGUCCGCGCUGCACAUGGCCACUCAGGGCGACCACCUCAACUGUGUGCAGUUCUUGCUGCAGCACGACGUCCCCGUGGACGACGUCACCAACGACUACCUGACGGCGCUGCACGUGGCCGCCCACUGCGGACACUACAAGGUGGCCAAGCUCAUCGUGGACAAGAAGGCCAACCCCAACGCCAAGGCCUUGAAUGGUUUCACUCCUCUGCACAUCGCCUGCAAGAAGAACCGAGUCAAAGUGAUGGAGCUCUUGCUCAAACAUGGAGCCUCCAUCCAGGCGGUGACUGAGUCUGGCCUGACGCCCAUCCACGUGGCAGCCUUCAUGGGCCACGAGAACAUCGUACAUGCCCUCACCAACCACGGCGCCUCACCCAACACCACCAACGUGAGGGGCGAGACAGCCCUCCAUAUGGCGGCCAGAGCGGGCCAGGCCGACGUGGUCCGAUACCUGCUCAAGAACGGAGCCAAAGUGGAGACCAAGUCCAAGGACGACCAGACGGCGCUGCACAUCUCCAGUCGCUUGGGAAAGGUGGACAUCGUGCAACAGCUGCUGCAGUCCGGCGCCGCCGCCAACGCCGCCACCACCUCAGGGUACACGCCUCUACACCUGGCGGCCCGAGAAGGACACCAGGAUGUGGCCACCAUGUUGCUGGAGAACGGAGCGUCCAUGUCCUCCUCCACCAAGAAGGGCUUCAGUCCGCUGCACGUGGCAGCAAAGUACGGCAAGAUGGAGGUGGCCAGUCUGCUCCUGCAGAAGAGAGCCGCUCCUGAUGCUGCCGGCAAGAGCGGCCUCACUCCACUGCAUGUAGCCGCUCACUACGAUAAUCAGAGAGUAGCGCUGCUGCUGCUGGAUCAGGGAGCGUCGCCGCACGCCGCCGCCAAGAACGGCUACACGCCGCUCCACAUCGCCGCCAAAAAGAACCAAAUGGACAUCGGCACCACGCUGCUGGAGUACGGCGCCGACACCAACGCCGUGACGCGGCAGGGCAUCAGCCCCAUCCACCUGGCGGCGCAGGAGGGCAGCGUGGACUUGGUGUCGCUGCUUCUGGCCAAGAGCGCCGCUGUCAACAUCUGCAAUAAGAGCGGACUCACGCCACUCCACCUCGCCGCUCAGGAGGACAAGGUCAACGUGGCAGAAGUCCUCCUCAACCACGGCGCCGACGUCAGCCCACAAACUAAGAUGGGCUACACGCCGCUGCAUGUGGCUUGUCACUAUGGCAACGCCAAGAUGGCCAACUUCCUCAUGCAGAAUCACGCCAGAGUCAACGGCAAAACCAAGAGCGGUUACACACCUCUGCACCAGGCGGCGCAGCAGGGCCACACCCACAUCAUCAACCUCCUCCUCCAGCACGGCGCCUCGGCCAGCGAGCUCACCACGAAUGGCAACACGGCGCUGACCAUGGCCCGUCGCCUUGGUUACAUCUCUGUGGUGGACACCCUCAAGCCUGUGACGGACGAAGACCUCAACACUGUGAGCACAGCCGAGAAACACAAACUCAACGUCCCCGAGACCAUGAACGAGUUCCUGGACAUGUCCGAUGACGAAGCUUGGGCCAACGUGCCUGAAAGGCUGGAUGAGGACUCUUUGUCAGAUGACCAUGAAGGUGAGGAUGCUCUAACCGGGGACACGGACAAGUACCUGCGGCCCCAGGACCUGAAAGAGCUGGGGGACGACUCUCUGCCCCAUGAGGGCUACAUGGGCUUCAGCAUCGGCGCCCGCUCAGCCAGUUCGGAUAGGUCCAACACCCUCAACCGCAGCUCCUUCGCCCGCGACAGCAUGAUGAUCGAGGAGAUCCUGGCGCCCACCAAGGACACGCUUCAGAGUGUCUGUAAAGACAUUUCCUACCUGGUGGACCCGCUCAAUAAGCACUUGGCCGUGACCCGAGACUACAACUCCGAUUGUAUGCGGCGCUACAGCUGGACUCCAGACAUGGUGGACCACAGCCACAACAUCGCGUCCAGCCCUAUCCACUCCGGGUUCCUGGUCAGUUUCAUGGUGGACGCCCGCGGCGGCUCCAUGAGGGGCAGCCGCCACAACGGCAUGCGCAUCAUCAUCCCGCCCAGGAAGUGCACGGCGCCCACGCGCAUCACCUGUCGGCUGGCCAAGAGGCACAAGCUGGCCUACCCACCGCCCAUGGUGGAAGGAGAGGGUCUGGUCAGCAGACUGGUGGAGGUCGGCCCGGCCGGGGCUCAGUUUCUGGGUCCCGUCAUUGUGGAGAUCCCUCAUUUCGGUUCCAUGCGGGAGAAAGAGCGGGAACUGAUCGUGUUGAGGAGCGACAACGGCGACACGUGGAGGGAACACCAGUUGGACUCCACCCAAGAAGAACUCUCGGAGCUGCUGACCGGGAUGGAUGAAGAGUUGGACAGCCCCAUCGAGUUGGAGAAGAAGCGUAUUUGCCGCAUCGUGACCAGAGACUUCCCGCAGUACUUCGCCGUGGUGUCCAGGAUCAAGCAGGAGUCCAACCACAUGGGUCCUGACGGAGGAGUCCUGUCCAGCAGCACCGUGCCCAUGGUCCAGGCCUCCUUCCCACAGGGGGCGCUGACCAAAAAGAUCCGCGUUGGCCUGCAGGCCCAGCCGGUCCCUGAUGACCUGGUGAGGGCGGUGCUGGGGAACAGAGCCACCUUCAGUCCCAUCGUCACGGUGGAGCCCAGGAGGAGGAAGUUCCACAAACCCAUCACCAUGACCAUACCCGUGCCGCCUCGCUCCGCAGAAGGACAUCCCAGCGGGCGGCGGGGAGACGCCGCGCCGUGUUUGCGUUUGCUGUGCAGCAUCACAGGAGGGACGUCCCCCGCCCAGUGGGAGGACAUCACAGGAACCACACCACUGUCCUUCGUCACCGAUUGUGUCUCCUUCACCACAAAUGUGUCGGCCAGGUUCUGGCUGGCAGACUGUCACCAGAUUCCUGAGACGGUGAGUCUGGCGUCUCAGUUAUACCGGGAGCUGAUCUGCGUGCCGUACCUGGCCAAGUUUGUGGUCUUCGCCAAGACCAACGACCCGGUCGAGGCUCGCCUUCGCUGCUUCUGCAUGACGGACGACAAAGUGGACAAGACGCUGGAGCAGCAGGAGAACUUUGAAGAAGUGGCGCGGAGUAAAGACAUCGAGGUUCUGGAGGGCAAGCCCAUCCACGUGGAUUGCUAUGGCAACCUGUCUCCUCUCACCAAAAGUGGGCAGCAGCUGGUUUUUAAUUUCUACUCCUUCAAGGAAAACCGUCUUCCUUUCAACGUGAAGAUCAGGGACUUGGGCCAAGAGCCGUGCGGACGCCUUUCCUUCCUGAAGGAGCCCAAAAGCUGUAAAGGUGUCACGCAGGCGGCUAUUUGCAAUUUGAACAUCACACUGCCCACGCACAGGAAGGAUGUGGAGUCUGAUCCUGAUGAUGAGACUGAAAAGCCCGAGCGACGCCAUACCUUUGCCUCCUUAGCUUUGCGUAAGCGCUACAGCUAUUUGACCGACCCUGCGGCCAAAACACCUGAUCGAAGUCCGCAAAGAGCACAGCCUUCUGGCAACCCUCACAAACCUGUCUUUCCAACGAGAUCUUAUCAGGCGUGGUCGCCUGUUCCUGUCGCCGUCGCUGGCCAAGCCAAGUCUGGGUUUGGCUCCCUCUCCAGCUCAUCAUCCAACACGCCUUCUGCCUCUCCACUGAAGUCUGUCUGGUCCAUCAACUCGGCCUCCCCCGUUAAAACAAACAUUACCGGAUCGCCCUCGUCUGUUAAUAAGUCCGUUAGUGACGCGGCCUCCCCCAUCCGGUCUUACAGAACCAUCUCCUCUCCUAUAAAAACUGUAGUCCAGCAGCAUGCUCAGUACCCAAGCCAAGUGGCUCCGAGUCCCCUGGCGUCGCCUGCAAAAAGUGCUUCAGCCAGGACCUCCCCUAUACCCACGUCUGCAGGAGGUUCUCUUCUUGAGAGGACAUCAAUAGCCAUGACACCUCCAACAUCUCCCAAAUCGUCUUUAAGUAUGUUCAGUUCACCCCUGGCAUACAAGACCGGUGUGGGGGGAUCCGCCGGUCCGGUAUCGUCCUCAUCCUCACCAAUCAAAACCGUCCCCGGCCUCUCCUCUGUUCGUUCCUUUUCCUCAGAUGCGCCAGGCCCUGCAAGGAACCUCUUCUCCUCUCUGUCGUCACCUCUCAAAUCCAACCCCCCUCAAAGUGCUGCAGCUCUGAUCAAUGGAACAGCGCCGCAAGUACAGUACCGUUCCUCCUCCCCGACCUCUCUCCUCGCCAACAGCCUCCAAGAAAGAAUACAAGCAACCACCAACGCUGCAACCACCAGUGUCAACGCAGCAUUUGAUGAGGUUGAAAAAACAUUCAAUUCUUGCUCGGCUGGCUACGGCACCUUAAAGUCUUUGUCCUCGUCUGCUUCGUCCUCGUAUCAGUCCAUUAGAUCCUCAGCUUCUAGUUCCCUUUACAACUCGCUAAGAUCCCCUCCGAGUGCCACCACUCCUGCAACCUCCAGCACAGUGACGGUCCCAGUGUAUUCUGUUAUAAACGUACUGCCAGAGCCACAGUUUAAGAAGUUGCCAGAGGUGUCCAGGUCAACUGCUGCCAUUCUGUCCCCACGCAAAGCUGUUCCCCCUGAAAUGAAUCCCCAGUUACAGUCAUCCUUAGCAAGAACUCUUUCCCCAACCAAAUCUUCUCAUCUCUCCUCUGGUUUGAAGUCAAACACAACAUCCCCGUUGUCAUCCAGUCAAGAAAUCCUGAAAGAUGUCGCUGACAUGAAAGAGGACCUCAUAAGAAUGUCAGCCAUUUUGCAGACCGACCCAAGUUCCACAGUCAAUAAAAGUUAUCCGUCUGGUUCAGCAGCAAAGGUAGAAGACGAAGAGCCAUAUAGGAUUGUGGAGAGAGUAAAACAAGAUCUGGUGAAAGUAAGUGAAAUCCUUACUCAAGACACUGCAAAAGAUUCCACAGCAAGGGGGAGCUUGGAUGAUAUCCGCUUCUCAAAGGUACCUGUGGAACAACCACCAAGCAACUGGAGCUAUCCCCCAAGAUACGAGACUGUGGUCCCUCAAGCAAAAGCAAAGCCAGGACAAGAUAGAGACUUCAAUCUCUCUAAAGUCGUCAACUACCUGGUCAACGAUGUCGGUAGUAGUUCUUUCUCCAAAAUGCAUACGGUGGAGGAGGGGAAAAGAGAAACGGAUGGCAAGGAGAAGCAAAAACGUGUCUUGAAACCCACCAUGGCAGUUCAGGAGCAAAAGCUGAAAAUGCCUCCAACAACCAUGCGAGCUUCACCUUCAGACAAAGAACUGAGUAAAGUAGCAGAUGCACUUUUUGGUGCUGACACCGUGCUGGAGUCCCCUGAUGAUAUAUCUCAUGAACAAGAUAAAAGUCCCCUCUCAGACAGUGGCUUUGAGACUAGAAGUGAAAGAACACCCUCUGCUCCCCAGAGCGCUGAAGGCAUGGGUCCAAAGGCCCCCUUUCAGGACAUCCCAGCCCCCCCAAUGAUCACUGAGACAAGGACUGAAGUUGUUCAUGUCAUCAGGAGCUAUGAACCCCCUGAAGAUAACAAGCAAACUCCAAUGGUGGAGGCAAAUCCCAUCAGAUAUGUUGAUACUGAGUCUAAAGGGCAUCAUAAUCAAGCUACAUACCCCCCAGAGUUGAAUAAGGGAUAUUCAUUAAAAGCUGUCCCUGAUGAAGAUCCUAUGGGUAAAGGCAUACGCUUAAAAGAGGAAACUCACAUCACUACCACCACAAGGAUGGUCUAUCACAAACCGUCUGGAAGUGAAGCAGUCUCCGAGAGGUGCGAGGAAACUAUGUCCGUUCACGACAUCAUGAAGGCUUUUCAAUCAGGGAAGGACCCUUCUAGGGAGCUCGCUGGACUUUUUGAGCACAAAACGAGCAAUGAAGAAACAUCACAACGAGUCCUUGAAGACAUCAAACCAAAGGUUGAAAGAAUAAUUGAGGUGCACAUUGAAAAGGGCAAUAAAACGGAACCGACAGAGGUCAUCAUCAGAGAGACCAAGAACCAUUCUGAAAAUGAGAUGUAUUACUACCCAGGAACUAGGAAAGAAGAUUGGGAACCAGAGGAGCCACCUACAUACCUUGACGCCUCCAGAUUCAACCCCAUGUCACAAGAGGAUAGUCGUCCUAGCUCAGCCCAACUAAUGGCAGAUGAAUCGUAUAAAACCUUAAAAUUGCUUAGCCAGCAAUCUGUGGAGUACAAUGAGGAUGAAUCAUCAGAGCUAAGGGGAGGGUCUUAUAAUUUUGCAGAAAAAAUGUUACUCUCUGAUAAGUUUGACCAGUCCCAUCCUGACAUUGAGGAACAUGUUAAAGAGAGGUCUCACAUCCACUCACCAGACAGAAGUGAGGGUAGAUCAGGAGGUCCAAGAACAGAAUAUAUAUUUCGCUCGUCGCGAAAUGUGUUUGACGCAUCAGGUAGAAUGGCCAGCGUUGACGACAACUUUGACACAAUGACACUUCUGCAGCAUUCCUCUGAACCUGGUAGCCCAAAGCAGUCAGUCUGGAUGCGUGUAUCAACAGACGAGACAGACAGAAAGGAGAGAGAACAACUUAUAUACGAGGAAAGAGUAGACAGAACGGUAAAGGAGGCAGAGGAAAAGCUCAGUGAGGUCUCGCAGUUCUUCAGAGAUAAGACAGAGCAGCUUAAUGAUGAACUCUCCUCGCCCGAGAAGAAGUCUCGCAGGCCAGACUUUAGAGAAUCACGAUCAGGGCCUAGUUCUACACACAGCAGCCCAGAGAGAUCAGUGUAUAGAAACGGAGCCAGUGGGGAAGAGUGGAGCAGAGAAAGACUAAGGGACAGGUUUGGCGCUAGUGAAAGAAAAUGUGCCAGUUUACCCAGUAGCCCAGAGAGGAGAGUACUGCUACAGUAUAGUGACUCAGAAGCCAGAAAACAGGGAGAUGGCAAAUCAAAUGCAAGUGAAGUUUCAAAACCUUUUCAAAUGUCUUCAUCCAAAGUCAGUGCAGUGAGGCUUAAGUUUGAACAAGAGGCUCAAAAACAAGGUGGGGUUUCUCAGGUUGGCCCAAAUCCAAAUCCCCCUAUUAGGAAGCUUCACGAAAGUAAGCUACCCGUGUACCAGGUAUUUGCAGGUUCAAACAUUCCAAGCACACCAGACAGUCCAUUAAACCAGAGAAGAGCUCUUGAAAGCGAGUCCAGGUUCUCACCCGGGCAACAAUCUAGUGGAAAGAAUCUGGAAGACCAGAAAUUAUUCAAAACAUGGGAGAGCCAGGGGUAUGGGACCUAUAAGCCUCAAUCUCCAAAAUUAGCUCAUUCAUUAGGCCACGACUCUAUAAAAGAUGACAAUAACAGUGAGUCUCAAAGACUAGAAACGUCAAAGAAAAUAAUUUACACUGAAUUUGUUGUUAGAGAGAAUCCAAAUAGCAAUGAUGGUCUAAAAAAAAACUCGGAAUCUCAAAUUCCUGUAAGAAAGCCAUCUAAUUUAUCAGAAAAUCGCAGUUCCCCAUUUUUAAAGUUAGAUGCCUCUGUUGAAUCGCAUGAGAAGGAUGGCUCUCGUACGCCGAUCUUAGCCCGAAACCCGAUACAUAGUAGCUUUGAAUCCAACAAAUCUACUUGUGGAUCGUCGGGAAAGUCCACAGACUCAGACUGUAGCCAGUCCAAUGUCACAUGUAACGGUCUUGACAGUGACCAAGUAGAGUACUUGGAUCACAGAGCCCCUGUAGUUGUCACUGAAGGUUUCAAAGAUAUCAAACCUUUACCUGUGUAUGUCAGCAUUCAAGUGGGUAAGCAGUAUGAGAAAGAAACAGCUUCUGGGCAACUGGGAACCUACAAAAAAAUAGUAAGCCAUGAGAGUAGGACAGUACACGAGAGUAGGACAGUACACGAGACCAGGGGAACGUUUUACAGUGCCAAACAAAAGCAGUCUACAUCUCCACAAGGUAGCCCUGAAGAUGACACUCUCGAACAAGUGACAUUCAUAGACAGCUCUGGAAAGAGUCCUGUUACCCCCGAGGCCCCAAGCUCAGAGGAAGUUAGCCUGGCCUCCAGAAUGCCUGACUCUGUGAUUGGCUCCAUGACUGGCAUGCCAAGUCCUAUCCCGGAGGAGUCUGAAGAGGAAGACGGGAAGACCAUUAUCUACAAAGAGACUUUGAGGGACAAAUCCAAGCAACCAUCCUCAGAGAACCACAGUAAGAAACAGGAAGCAGAUCAACACAAGUCCAAGGGGAAAAGAGUUCCUUAUAUAGAGUUUCCCCCACCCCCUCCUUUAGACACCGAGCAGUCUGACCCUGAGAAAAGAAAAUCUUGUGCAUCCUCUGAGACAGAAACGGAGAUGAUGGAAGUAAACCUUCAAGAGGAGCAUGACAAGCACCUCAUAGCCGAGCCAAUCAUCAGGGUCCAGCCUCCAUCCCCCAUUCCUCCCGGAGCCGACAACAGUGAUUCCAGUGAUGACGAGUCUGUCUUCCAUCCCAUCCCUGUCAAAAGGUACACAUUCAAGAUGAAAGAGGAGGGGGACAAACACUCAAAACCCAGAAGAUCAGAGAAGAAUGGAAGUAAGCAAUCUAGCGUCAAUGGAGUCGUAAAGGAGGAGGAUGUGGACAUGGAACAAAACGGGAAUGACCAAUCAAUCACUGACUGCUCCAUUGCAACCACUGCUGAGUUUUCCCAUGACACUGAUGCCACUGAGAUCGACUCAUUAGAUGGUUACGAUUUCCAAGAGGAUGACGAUGGACUGAGCGAGGAUCUAAAAACAUCCAGUCUGUCCAACGAUGGAAAAGCAGUUGAACGCUCAUUUGGUCAGUCCAAGCUCGAAGUUAUAGAGGAAGAAAAGUGUGAGGAAGGGGGAAAUCAUGGAACUUCUAAAACCAACCCGUCUUCAUCAAAAAGCAGUGGAGAGGAAGACUUCACUGUUGAAGGAAGACACCCAGAAAGGCAGAGCUUCGAUGACAACUACUUUGGCUACCAACUUGAAGAGGAGCUAAACGCAACCUUUAAAACAGUAGCCACAAAAGGUCUUGACUUUGACCCCUGGUCCACCAAAGGAAGCGAUAAUGAGGGAGUUUACGAGUCCAAAACCAAAGACGAAGACCCUAAGCCCUUUGGUUUGUCGGUGGAGGACAAAUCACAGGCCACAACACCCGACACAACCCCUGCUCGAACACCGACUGACGAGAGCACACCAACUAGUGAGCCUAACCCCUUCCCUUUCCACGAAGGGAAGAUGUUUGAGAUGACCCGCAGUGGUGCUAUUGACAUGAGCAAGCGGGACUUUGUUGAAGAGAGGCUUCAGUUUUUUCAGAUUGGUGAGCAUUCCUCUGACCCUCUAACAGGGGAAAAGGGGAGAGGGGGCAAGAUCCUGGGUGUAGUUUCCUCUCAGUCAAAAACAGGGGAGAGGGCCACAAUAGAUGGGAAGGUGACGGUUAUAGAUACAACCACAGGCAACAGCAGCAGCACAACACCAGCAGCAACAGCCAAAUGCAGCCCUUCACACCCUGGCAGUGACACUGGCAAUGCUGGUAUCGAAGUACCCACCUGUGAAGCCAUAGCUGAGACCGCAUCCUCAUGCACAAUUACAGCCUCCAAGGUUGACCCCAAAUUACGCACCCCCAUUAAGAUGGGCAUAACCGCUUCUAUUACUGUGAAAAAAGACUCAGGGGAUCUUGGGGAUUUUAAAACUGAGAUAUCAGAGGGCCAGGUAGUGCCAGAAUACAUCAGCAUAGAAGGCCAGUGUACAGAGAGACAGACGAGUAAAGACACAGAGGCCAAGUCAGAGAAAAGAGAUUACCCCUCUGAAAACUGCAACAACAACAAUAACCUCGAGUCCUCUAGCAUUCAGGCCAACUACAUUCAGUGCGGCAGUGUAGUGUUCAACCUCCAGUCCUCCUCUGAGCCCACACUUCAGAAAGCAAGCCGGGUAGAGACACUGUGUUGUAGGGAUUUAGAAGAGAAAGUAGAUAUAAGAAGUCAAGUGCAGCAGCAAAGGGAACCAGGUAAAGACAGUGAAGUGAAGCUCCCCAGAUCUAGGCUUCCAGUGAAAGCAUCAGGGAGAUCGUUGCACACCCAGGGUACAGCCAUAGGCAAGCAGAAGCCCAAACAAGCAGUGACAAUUGAGACUAGGAAAAGAGGAGCACCAGCCAUUGCCAAAGUAGAACCCAGGUCUAGAAUACCAAUCAAAGACAUUAAAAAGAGCAGUGCCACAGCCACAGUUAGCUCACCUCAAUCAGUCAGGGUUAGAUCACUGCCAACAAGGCCCCUGGGUACAGAAAGAGCAGCCAUUAAGUUGCCCUCAAGGUUACCAUUGAAGGAUAGGCAUCAGGUCAGCAAGGUCUCGAGCCAGAGGGCGUCCAGACAGGAGAAGCCUAGCGAGGUUUGCAAGCGCACCAUUGAAUACUUUAAAGACAUUAGCGGAGAGACAAUAAAGUUGGUGGACCGGCUGUCUGACGAAGAGAAGCAGAAGCAGACAGAUCAGUCGGAGGAAGACAGCACCUCCCGGAGCACAUCUCUGUCAGACACCUCGCAGCCUUCUCAACCUUCCCAGCCCUCCCACUCGUCCAGGUCUGGUAAAGGUUCGAGGGCUGAGGCCGGGGCCCCGUCCGUAGGGGCAAAGAUGGCGACGACGGACAGGGCCUCUGGCAGUCAGAGGAGCAGGAGGAGUAGGCGGACUGGUGGGAAGGAGGGCAGUCAGGGACUCGCAGGGUCUCGAACACCUCCCAUCGCAGAGAUCAAGCCUAGUCCCCAAAGCCCUUGUGAGCGAACGGAUUUGCGUAUGGCCAUCGUAGCAGAUCACCUGGGGCUCAGCUGGACAGAGCUGGCUCGGGAGAUGAACUUCACAGUGGACGAGAUCAACCACAUCAGAUUAGAGAACCCCAACUCACUGACAGCACAGAGCUUCAUGCUCUUAAAGAAGUGGGUCAGUCGCGAAGGGAAAAACGCCACAACGGACUCCUUGACUGCAGUGCUGACCAAAGUCAAUCGGAUGGAUAUUGUGAAUUUGCUGGAGGGCCCGAUUUUUGACUAUGGUAACAUUUCCGGCACGAGAUGUUUUGCCGAUGAUCACACGGUUUUCCGGGAUCAGGCUGACGGUUGGCCCAGUGAAUCUUCCAGCGUCAACGUGGAGCCGCCCACGCCGGGCCGCAGCGUCAGCUCCGAGCUGCCGGACAGGCGGGAAAGCCACGAGAUCUCUAGCGACUCCAUCACGUCCUCGUCCAGAGCGGACCCGGGGAGGUCCCGGCACAACGGGGGAAACUCCAAGAACUCACCUCAGGACGCCUCGUCGGAGUCGGCCAACGGCAGAAAAGAAGAAGACGGAGCGCUGGUGUCGGAGAAGAAAGUCCAGCAGCGUCUCGGUUCAGAUUCAGGCUCUGAAGAAGAACAAACUGUAACUACCAGGAUCUUCAGACGACGUAUCAUUUUAAAGGGCGAGGAAGCCAAAAACGUAACGGGCGAGUCAGUGACGGAGGAGCACUACUUCGACCACGACGGGAACCUGAUCAGUCGAAAACAGGUCAUCAGGCGGGUCAUCCGCCGGAUGUGUGCUUCCAGCCCGGACCACAGUCCGGUCCUGCAGGACCACGGGCCCGAGAAGGAAGGCGGGUCGAGGAAUAGCCGGCGAAAUGAGGACAGGAGGCCGGGAGACAAGAACUUUCACUCAUAGGAGGCUUGCUCACCUGCCAGCCACGCGGGGAUCAUAGUCCAUGGUCAGGUCUUACCGAGGACUGGGGGCUGGGGGGGGAGGAUCUGCUUCCACCAACACGGGUCGAACGCCCCCCUCCUGGUCCCGACUCGCUCCCGGUCCAUCACACAUCGCCCGGGAGGUCGCCGCGCCAAACUCCUCCCCUUUUUCUGUGGCCUGUGGGACUUUGGCGACACGAGAGCGCAUGAAGACGUCACACUUUCAACACCGGCCUUAUGGUUUCUUUCUCCAGCCCUCUUCCUUUUUUUUAGACUUUCUGUCCAAAGAGGCAGCAGGUGGACACUUCUUAAAUACGACUGGUCAGGGGUCUUUUCCACUUUUAAAGCUUGGAGUGUAACAUAGAGCAGUAUAAAUAAUAUUUCUACAUGGGGGGGGGGGGGG